CUUCAUUCAGAUUCUGCCGCCAAAUUUCAAUGUUGAUGCAGAAAUGAGUGGCUUCUGGCUGCUCAGCUGUGUAUUAACCGAAGUUAACAAAUCUGCUGCCUACAUAUGAACACAGUCACACAGAGGGAGGAUAGCAACUAAAUAUAUUUUAUUACUGAGCCACCACGCUAACUUAGCUUGAAAAACGGAAACUCCGAGUGUCCGAUAGGCUGUCACGACCGAGAGUCAUCAUGUGGAACGACGUGGAACUUCUAACCAGUGACGAUACCAACACAGUGCGACUGUGCAUCGACUCGCGACAGGAGUGUGGCAGCGCCCUGUAUCAAGUUGAUACUCUUGUUAAACUUUCCUCCUCUGCACAGGUGCUGUACAGUCCAACGCUCUAUGCUUCCAGCGCUUCUAACUGCAGCGUUCUUGUUGCCGACACGACCGUAGUCCUCUUCGACCAGAACUUCCAGUCCGUUCUGCUGCACCUUCAUUUCAGUACCGUGGUGGACUCGGUGGGGGUGUGUCAGAACGGUCAGUUUUUACUGGUCGGGGAGAGAAACGGAAACCUGCACCUGAUCUAUGUACCACAGAAGAAGACUGUGCUUACCAGAGCUGUCCUGCAGAAAGCCCAGGGUGAUAAUGAGAAGACCUUCAGGAGCCUCAUCAUGCAGGAGGACAGGGUGGAUCCAGGCUCGUACCACUUGUUCCUCAUCGUCUCAGACGGGUUCAUUCAUAUUUCCAACCUUCAGCUGGGGAAGAUUGAGAGAGCCAUUGAGAAAAUGGACAUUGGAGCCUUAAAAGAGCUGCAGUCGCUCAUAAAGAUGGGCUUCUCUUCCACCGCGGCGGUCCACACCGAGUGCCACUCAGCUGUGACUGCUGGCCUGGCCAAUGAGAUCCUCCUCAUUAUUGGGGGCAGUGGGGAAAACGCACUGACCCAGUGGAGAAUGAGUUCCGCGGAGAAAGCCAUGACUCUCAGCCAUCUCCUGGACAACAGAUUAAUUCCAGGAGUGAGAAAGGUCCAAGUGAUGGAAAACCUGAUGUAUGUUCUGGAUGAAGAGAAUGUUUUGAGCAUCUGGGAGGUGAACUUCCUGGUGAUGGUGUCGUGCUGGUCUCAUCUCUCCAUCUAUGACUUCCUGCUGAGUGCCGAAGGGGAGACUGCGUCUGUUAGCAUGCAAGAAGGCGCCAGUGUGAAACUCGUUGCUUUGACGAUGCUGAACAACAGCCAGAUGCGGAGUCUCCUGGUGUACUCUGUGCCCUCCAUGACUGUGCUGUACUCCCUAGACGUCUCCGCCACCUCCUGUCUGGUCCAGACGGGCAUCAGCAUGGACACCAUUUACUUGCUGGAAGGAAUUUCUGAAAGUCCAGAGAGUUCUGAUGGUCCGGUGUCUGCCAUCGUCUUGAGAUGUUUCACCGAAGCUUUGCCAGAAAACAGGCUCAGUCGUCUUCUCCACAAACAUAAAUUUGAGGAAGCGGAAAAGUUCGCCAUACAGUUCGGACUGGACGUUGAGCUGGUGUACAAGGUGAAGCUGGACUUUGUGCUGGAGAAGCUGGCGGCCGCUUCCGCUGGGGGGUGCGGGCAAGAGGUGUGGUCCGAGCUGGUGGAGGAGGCCAAGACCAACCUGGUGAAGAUCAUGGACGAACAGUUUGUGGUGGAGUACUGCAUGCAGGCGCCAUGGCCGACCUUCAGCAUCGCGGAGGAGAUGCUGAACCACGCCGUCUCCCGCUACCCCUCCUCCCAGAUCCAGGAGGCGCUGUCCAAACUCGCCACCUUCUGCGGCCUCAACGGGCCCGACAAGUUCAACGGGUCCUCCUGGAUCAAGUUCCUGAACAGCACCGACUACAUGGGCGACAUCCUCUGGCACCUGCGGGAGGGGGACCUGAGAGGGGCUCAGCACCUGUGGCUCCGGCACGAGUGGGAGUUUGUGGAGCGGUUCGAUGAGAAAGCUCUCGACUCCCUGCUCUCCUCAGUCCCGGAGAACAUCCCGUCUAAGGACCUGUGCCUGUGGUUCAGAAGCAUCGUCGUUCCCUUCGUCAGGAGAACGCUGCCCAAGGGACAGAAAACCUUGGCGAGGUGGUUGGAGCAGAGAGCGAGGAAUCUGCAGUUGACUGAAAAGAGCGACUGGCCCCAGAACGGCCUGGACAUGGCAGAGCUGGGGUUGCCCUCUUUCUGGCUCUGGAUGCCUCUGGAGGACUGCGGGGCUGUGGAGGCGGAGCAGCUCAGAGCUCUGGUGGCCAGCCUGCGGCAGCUGCUGGAUCUGUACAGGAAGUACAACUGCAGGCUGUCCCUGUCGGACUUCGAGAAGGGGAACACCCGGAGCAUCGCCCUGCUGAUGCUGGAUAAGGUGCUGGCCCCCGAGCUGAUCCCCUCUGUGAUCGAGAGCAGCGUCCGGCCCUAUUCCCUGGCCCACCAGCUCUCUCUGGACGACCUGCUGCUGCAGUACAUCAAGGACCUGCUGGACCGCUGCAGCUCCCAGACGACCUCUCUGUUCACAGAGUGGGAGGCCAAAGCCAUCGCAGUGCUGGGCUGCAUGACUGACCCUGACCUGGUGGUGGACGCUGUGCUGGAGAUCAUGUAUAAAGCAGUGGUGCCCUGGAGCCACGUGGUGGAAGAGCUGGUCCAGCAGCACCUGGAGAAGGAGCACCCAAAGCAGGAGCUGCUGAAGGAGAGCUACCGGCUCAUGGAGAUGAAAAAGCUUCUGAGGGGCUACGGGAUCCGCAACUACAACCUGUCCAACAACUGCCAGAUCAUGACCCUGGUGAGGUACAUCCUGAAGCAGAACCUGCCCUCUUCCCUGGAGGACGCCCUGAAGCUGGCCCAGGCCUACAGGCUGCCGUCGUUCCACAUCUACUUCCUGUAUUUCAUCCAGCUGGUGGGCCAGGCCAAGGGGGAGGCGUGUGUGGUUCUCCUGAAGCAGCUCUCCCCUGAGGAGGCGGAGCGUGUGAUCGAGAAGCUGGCCACCUGGGCGCGGCUGGAGCUGCAGGACAAAGCGCACGUCUCCGAGGAGCAUAAGCAGCACCAGAUGGUGGUGGCUCAGGUGAUGGUGGAGGUUAUGAAAUUCCUGCAGAGGAUCCAGAAGGAUGAUGCUUUUAAAAGCCUGGAGUGUGAAAACAACCUGAAGAUGUUCGAGGCGAUCGCUCACCUGCAGGAGGAUUUCGACAUCUUCCUGACCCCCGAGGACUACGCCGACGCCACCCUGCGGGCCCAGUUCCAGGAGCAGCACAUCACGGCGUACGAGAACACGCGGGGCGGGGCCUCGGGCCGGCCCAACGGCGCCGCCCCGGUGGUGGCCAACGACGCCGACGGCAAGAUGAAGACCAUCUCCACGGAGGCGGGGCUCCACCGGCUGGCCCGCCAGCUCCAGCGCUCCGAGCAGGAGCUGUGGGCAGACCUGGCACUCCGGGCGCUGGCCGUGGGCAAGGUGGAGAAGGCCCUGAAGAUCUGCAGCGAGCUGUACCAGCACCACUGCAACGCCAGCACUGGCCGGGUCUUCUUCUGCGCCGCCCAGAAGCUGUGCCAGAUGCUGGAGGAGAACGUUCCCAUGAUCCUUCCGGAAGGACUCAACCUGCCCGCCGUCAUCCACCAGCUGGCCUGCCAGGCCGUCACCGUGUGCCACAGAGACCUGCUGCUGGACUGUGUGGAGCUGUGCAUGAGCACCCGUGCAGCCGUGGACGUGUACAGACAGUGCCAGAUCGACGACUACGGCUUCACUACCAAGGACUCCUCCCUGGAGGCAGAGCGGGACCCGUACACGGAGUGGAGCUUCCAGGACGUCUUUAACGAGGACGGGAUCGUCCUGGAUCCCCUGUCCGUCCUGCCCAUCCAGUAUGAGAUCACCACAGCCCUGCUGCCCUCGUCCUCUGAUUCAAAGCUGUACCCUCUGGGUUGUUCCUGUCUGUCACACUGCCCUUACGUGGAAGGCUGUGACUUCCUGAAGCCGUUGCUGGGCCCUGUGUCUGUGAUGCUGCAGAACCUGCAGGAGUGCAGCCAGCUCCAGCUCGCCCUCAGACUGCUGCUCUGCUCCUUCAGCAGCGUGCUGCAGCACGUCACCUCCAACAACAUGGAGCUAUCGCUCAGCGCACAGCUUCAUGACAGCCAUCGGCUGCUGCGGGACAGGGAAUGCCUCAGCGACAUCGGAAAGACCACCCUGGACGCCAUCAAGAACGUCGCCAUUGCCCUCCUGCACAAGGUGCUUAACUGGAGGGUGGUGGACUGUGAUCUGGCCAUUGGAUACUGCACUCUUCUGCCGAAGAAAGACGUGCUUGAAAUCCUCUGGAAGGUCAUCAACAACACCUGGCAAAACUAUGAGAAGGUCUUGGCUGUGGCCAUGGUCGGGGCUCAUCUAUGCAGUCUGUAUAAGGAGGACCAGCAGCGGCAGAAGUUCCUGUACUUGAUGACGGACGCUGAGUGGGGCAUCAAACUGGGGAAACUGGGGAUCUCCAUCCAGUCGGUGUUCCGGCAGUGCCGGGAGCUGAAGAGGAACCUGAUCCCCACGCUGGUGAAGAACCGGAACAUGAGUGCUGAUCUGCUCCUCCAGUACUGCAGCACGUACCAGCUGGAUGGAGACGCCGCCCUUAACCUCUAUAUCACCACCCUGCUGCUGCAGCAGGAGACGGAGGAAGACCUGGGAGGGGACGAGGCAGGCAUGGGUGAUACCGGCGCCGGCCAGGGGGAGGCGCUAGGCCACGCUGACGCCCUGGAGCGCGCCCUGCAGAUCAUCCCCCGGCUGCACAGCACCAGCGAGCUGGUCAUCGGCCUCAGCGCUGCGAUACUAAAGCUCAGCCCAUAUAACUACGAGAGGAUUGAAGCUGUUCUCAAAAUCAUACAGACCGCCGACGAGAAGAUAACCAGUCUCCCGCUGGAGCAGACAGUAGGGCUGCUUCAGCACCUGAAGUCCUACAAGCGCAUCUCGCCCCCUGCGGAGCUGGAGAGCUGCUACCUGCUGGAGAACUCCCUGGAGCCCACCCCCCUGGCCCACACGCGGCUGCCCUUCCACCUGCUCCUGCAGACCAACCGCUACUUCUGGAAGAUCAUCUCCCCAGAACUCAGUGAGGAGACCUUUCCUACUCUGCUGCUUAUAAGCAAGCUGAUGAAGGUGAGCCUGGACAAGCUGUACAUGUCUGCGGUCUGCCACGUGUUCGAGAGGAGCCUGAAGCCGCUGCUGCUGGAGCAGGCCAAGAGGCCACAGGGCCACGCCCCCGGCAGGGAGACCGCCAGGACCGCCAAAACCAUCAUGGACUACGUCCUCUGCAUCAGGAACCCCGAGUGGGCCGCUGCCACCGCCCACAAGAUCGCACAGGAGCUUCCGGCAGGUGUGGAGAAGGCCCGGUCUCUCAAGUUCUGCUUGGCUCUGGGAGACAAAUGGCUGAAGUUCCCCAACCUGGAGGCAGAAUCCCGGUCCAAGGCGGAGAUUUUCAUGGAGAAGCUGAAGCUGCAGUACCAGCGCUCGGCCACGGAGAACACUCUGCGGUCCAGCGGCCUGGCCUCCCCGGAGCUGCAGAAGCUGACGGGCCUGCCCGCCCGGCUCAUCGUGGCCCUGUUCGAGCACGGCAGCGUGGAGCAGCGGAUGCUCGGCUCCAUGGGCCAGACCCACCCCGACAUCCACGCGGUCGUCAUGGAGAUUGCGGCGAUAAACAACGUGGACGUGUGCAAGGUGCGCGACAUGCUGCUGGAGAAGUGGCUCUGCAAGACCGGGCAGUCUGCAGCCAAGGAAAUGAACUUCCAGGACUCUGUCACUGACAUCCGAGAGGAUCCUGACCUCAUGAGGGUGGUGUACCUGCUGCAGAUGUACCCCCUGGAUUUCAGCUCCAGGCUGCUGAACACCAUCCUGACUGCCGAAAAGUGGCCCCUCAGCAGGUCUGGUCCUCGCCUCACAUUCUUCCACCGGAGCCGCGCCCUGUUGUGUUUGGUCCACAUUGCCGACCCCCCCACACUGGAGACCCUCCUGCACAUCGACCGCUCCAAAGUCCAGUAUCACCUGAAGUGCCACAUCUACCUGUCCCAGCUGGAGGCUCUCAACAUCCCCUACACCGUGGAGUCCUUCCUCAGCAGCCCCAAGGAGGGCAUGAUCAAGGGCCUGUGGAAGAACCACAGCCACGAGCCCCAGGCGGUGCGUCUGGUGGCCGAUCUCAGCCUGGAGUACCAGGUGUUUGACCCUCAGCUGUGGAACGGAGUGCUGCAGAAACUGCUGGGCUUCAGCAUGAUCAGCUACCUGCAGAAGGUGUUGGAGGUCCUUGCGGCCGUACCGUCGGUCUGGCAGGUGUCCAAUUUCCCCCGCACCUGGAGGAGUGUGAUCCUGGCCCCCUUCAUGUCAGUGUCUCUUCCGCUGAGUUCGGAACAGAUCACCACCCUGUACAAGACCUUCCUCCUGCUUCUGAAGUGUCCCUUCCUGCUGAACCUGGACCUGAUCGGAAUCGCCAAGCGCUUUGCCCAAGCCGGGCUCUCCGCCUUCUCCCUGGGGUCCCUCCUGCUCAUCCCCUGCUCGCAGAAGAAGCAGCAGCAGAUACAGUGCUUCCUGUCUUCCUGUAACCCCCUGACGGUCCUGGAGCAGGUGGAGGAGCACAUGAACACUGGAGAACUGGCGGGAGUUCCUUCACAGAUCAAGGAGACGGUGCUGACCUUCGUGUGCCAGAGCGGCCAGUACGAGCCGCUGGUGAAGACCAGGCUCUUCCCCCUCCUCAAGCAGCACGUCACGUCGAGCGGCCGCCACAGCGAAGUGAAAGACCUGGUGGACCACCUGCUCAGCAGGAACUGUGAGGAAGAAGCGACGUCUCUGGCCAGAGAGUAUCUGAGACUGAGGGAACCGACGGGAGGGAAGGCUGCUUCCCACAGCAGUGCAGCUGAAGUUCUGAAGGAGUUUCUGAGAACAGAAAAUGGAUUUUCGAGAUAGAUGGCACGUGUUUAUGUUGUAUCUCUCUCUCUCUCUCUCUCUCUCUCUCUCUCUCCGUUCUGGUCUUUACUGUUUACACUGGCAGUACCUGUUUCACCUGUUUGUACCUGUAAUAUUCAAAACUGUUUUCUAUAAAUAAAACUUUAAAUUUGAGAAACCAAUUGAAA